AGAGUUUUGCCGGAUUGACAAGCCUUUGUGCCACAGUGAGGAUGAGAAGCUCAGCUUCGAUGCAGUCCGCAGCAUCCACAAGCUUAUGGAUGAUGAUGCCAAUGGUGAUGUGGAUGUAGAAGAAAGUGAUGAGUUCCUGAGGGAAGACCUCAAUUACCAUGACCCAACGGUGAAACACAGCACCUUCCAUGGUGAGGAUAAGCUCAUCAGUGUGGAGGACCUAUGGAAGGCAUGGAAAUCUUCAGAAGUAUACAACUGGACCGUGGACGAGGUGGUGCAGUGGCUGAUCACAUAUGUGGAGCUGCCUCAGUAUGAGGAGACCUUCAGGAAGCUGCAGCUCAGUGGCCAUGCCAUGCCGAGGCUUGCUGUAACCAACACCACCAUGACAGGGACUGUGCUGAAGAUGACAGACCGGAGCCAUCGGCAGAAGCUGCAGCUGAAGGCUCUAGACACAGUGCUCUUUGGGCCUCCUCUCUUGACCCGCCAUAAUCACCUCAAGGACUUCAUGCUGGUGGUGUCUAUCGUUAUUGGUGUGGGUGGCUGCUGGUUUGCCUAUAUCCAGAAUCGUUACUCUAAGGAGCACAUGAAGAAGAUGAUGAAGGAUCUAGAGGGGUUACACCGAGCUGAACAGAGUCUGCAUGACCUUCAGGAAAGGCUGCACAAGGCCCAGGAAGAGCAUCGCACCGUCGAGGUGGAGAAGGUACAUCUGGAGAAGAAGCUGCGUGAUGAGAUCAACCUUGCCAAGCAGGAAGCCCAGAGGCUAAAGGAGCUGCGGGAGGGUACUGAGAAUGAACGAAGCCGCCAAAAAUAUGCUGAGGAGGAGCUGGAGCAGGUUCGGGAGGCCUUAAGGAAAGCAGAGAAGGAGCUGGAAUCACACAGCUCAUGGUAUGCUCCAGAGGCCCUUCAGAAGUGGCUGCAGUUGACACAUGAGGUGGAGGUGCAGUACUACAACAUCAAGAAGCAAAAUGCUGAGAAGCAGCUGCUGGUGGCCAAGGAGGGGGCUGAGAAGAUAAAAAAGAAGAGAAACACACUCUUUGGCACCUUCCACGUGGCCCACAGCUCUUCCCUGGAUGACGUGGAUCACAAAAUCUUAACGGCUAAGCAAGCUCUGAGUGAGGUGACGGCAGCACUGCGGGAGCGCCUGCACCGCUGGCAGCAGAUUGAGAUCCUCUGUGGCUUCCAGAUUGUCAAUAACCCUGGCAUCCACUCACUGGUGGCUGCCCUCAACAUAGACCCCAGCUGGAUGGGCAGUACACGCCCCAACCCUGCUCACUUCAUCAUGACUGAUGACGUGGACGACAUGGAUGAGGAGAUUGUGUCACCCUUGUCCAUGCAGUAUGCUGCCUGGCUGAUGGGGCGUAGGUUCAGUGACCGCUCUCUCUGCUCAACAUCCGCCGGCUCGGAUGAUCAGUCCCUCUGGAAAUAUCCGGCCCCCAGCCUGCAGAGCAGUGUCCGGCAACGCCUGACGGAGCCACAGCAUGGCCUGGGAUCUCAGAGGGAUUUGACCCAUUCCGAUUCGGAGUCCUCCCUCCACAUGAGUGAUCGCCAGCGUAUGGCCCCCAAGCCUCCUCAGAUGGUCCGUGCUGCAGAUGAGGCUCUCAAUACCAUGACUUCCAAUGGCAGCCACCGGCUGAUUGAGGGGGUCCACUCAGGACCUCUGGUGGAGAAACUGCCCGACAGCCCUGCCCUGGCUAAGAAGGCCCUACUGGCGCUGAACCAUGGGCUAGACAAGGCCCACAGCCUGAUGGAGCUGAGCCCCUCAGCCCCACCUGGUGGUUCUCCAUCUUUGGAUUCUUCCCGUUCUCACAGCCCCAGUUCCCCAGACCCAGACACGCCAUCUCCAGUUGGGGACAGCCGAGUCCUACAGGCCGGCCGAAAUACACGCAUUCCCCACCUGGCUGGCAAGAAGGCCGUGGCUGAGGAGGAUAAUGGCUCCAUUGGUGAGGAAACAGACUCCAGCCCAGGCCGGAAGAAGUUUCCCCUCAAAAUCUUUAAGAAGCCUCUUAAGAAGUAGGCAGGAUGAGGAUGGCAGUGGUGGGACAACUUGUCCUUCCCUGGUCUUCUGCCUCCUUUUCCCUGCCUUUCAAGAUACCUGGGCCCUAGAGUGGGGCAUGGGAGGGGUUUGCCCAGUGGCCUGGGCACUGUACAUACCUGCCCCCCUCAUCCUUGGGUCCUUCAACAUUAUUUAUUAACUGACCACCAUGGCCUGCCUGCCCUGCCUCCCUCCCAACCACGGGCUGCUGCUGUCACUCCCUCUCCACUUCAGUGCAUGUCUUAGUUGCUGUCCCCUCAGCUACCAGCUCAACCUUUGGGGUCCAGCUUCUGUCUCUGCUAUCCCAGUUUUGAGGUUUGGUUUCUUGUUUUUUCUCUGUCUUCUGCUUUCAGGCUCCUCCCUCCUACCACUCCCCAACUUCCCCUAGCUGCUACCGGGGAAGAUGGGAGGAGUAACCUCUGACACCUGUGCCUCAGAUAUUUUCCACCCCACCUAUAGAUGAUAGUUCCAUUUGUCCCAAACUGGGUCCUAGGGCCUAAUAUUUGAGCUUUGUUCUUUGGGAGUGUGGUGGUCCAGAGGAAAUCUUGGCCUGGAGCCACUCAGGCCUCCAGGGGGGUCCAUGGGGGAAUGAGAACAAAUCACGUAAGAGUUUUAAAGAGAGGCCAGGCUAGGGGAUACAUUUGGAGAGAAUUCUCUUAGUUAACUGAGUAGAUGCCAGAGUUGUGGGUUACAAGGCAGUCACCUUUUCUCUCUUCCCUCUCCCAUACCUGUCUCUCUCUUAUCCCUGUUCCCUCACACUGCAGGAGGGUUUUUAUAUAAGAGGUGCUGCCCAAAUGCUCCCCAAGCAUCAUUACUCUUGAAGCUUAGGACACUCUGCUCCCCUGGACAUGGGAGCCUGUCACCAUACAGGGUUCUAAUGGGACCCUGGAGCUGUUGGGCAGGAUGUUGUUGCAUUUGAACCAAAAGACAGUUUAAAAUUGUAAAAAAAAAAAAAAAAAAAAUCCCCUGAAUUUCCCAAGUGCCUGCACCACAUACACCCCUUGUCAGACCGUUUUUAUGUUAUUGCAUAGCCUGGGCCAGAGGCUCAUAACAGGGAAGGGGGUGGUUAAGGAAGAUGGUAUAGGUGAAGGUGGCUGUGUGACCACUUCCCCCACCCUUCCCACCCUCUAGACAACUCUCUACCCUUUUUUGCUAUGGCUGUAAAAUACUUUUCCUUUACCCCACUCCCUGACAUGCCUUUACUUGGGCCUGGGGUGGAGGCACCUGGGGUUGGUCUUAGGAGGUGGGGCUAGGCUGCAGACUGCCUUGUACCCCCUGGACACCCUUACAUGGGUUUUUCUGUGUUAUUUCAUAAGACUAUUUGAAGUCCAAUAAAGCAUGUAGGAGAUUUUAA